UAGUCGGUAGGGCUCUGUAAGACGAGAUUUUUGUUUUGUUUUUUGUUUUGUUUUCAUUUUGACGGUCACCCAAUAAUAACAUUAAUAUGAUGUUUCUGAUCACGCAGAUCGACGCCUUCGUCCAGUUGCGGUAUAGAUCGUAAUACCCGAGUUCGCCCGAGUGUGCUGGUACAGUGCGUAUAUGUGCGCGUGUUUAGCUGUUUGCUCACCGAAACAUGUUGAGAAUUUGAUUUCGACCAACUCUGUGGUGUGGUUCUAACCCAGUAUAAAUCAAUUGCCGUGGUGUUCGGCGAAUAUCUUUCCGUUAAACAGAGUUUCAGUUAAAGAAUUAUUCACCGUAAGAAGAUCAUCAUGUCUGUGCCUAAAUUGCCAACUGACUUCCGGAGGGAUGGAUUAGCUUUGAUCACACGCAUGGUCAGAACAAAAGAUUUAGAUGACCUUCAGGGUGAAUCAAGCCCAACUGGACGAUUUGAUCCACACCAUCCCACAAAAUUAAAAAAAUGUUUGAAUACCAUUGAUUUGACCUCUUUGGGUGUCGGCUCUUGUCUGGGGACAGGCAUGUAUGUGGUCACUGGACUGGUUGCUAGGAGGUUUGCCGGCCCCGCGGUCAUUCUUUCGUUUAUUAUAGCCGCCAUAGCGUCACUGUUUUCGGGUGCGUGUUACGCUGAAUUCGGAGUCCGAGUACCUAACACAUCCGGUUCCGCGUAUAUGUACAGUUACGUUACCGUCGGCGAAUUUAUAGCGUUUCUGAUUGGCUGGAACAUGGUGCUCGAGUAUCUCAUAGGGACGUCGGCAUGCGCGUGUGCCCUGAGUGCGAGCAUGGACUCRCUCACAAACGGUGCCAUUAGCGCGUCUGUUCAAAAUUACGUAGGGUUCCUCGGAAAACCGGAUAUCCUGGCCGCGGGCAUCACUCUGUUGAUGAUGGUGCUUCUUGCAGCUGGCGUUAAAAAAAGUUUGAUGUUUAACCAUCUGAUGAACGCCAUCAACUUGGCAGCGUGGGUGUUUCUCAUGAGCGCUGGAUURUUUUACGUCAAUCUCGAUAAUUGGACCAAGAACGAUGGGUUUCUGCCGAACGGUUGGGGUGGGGUAUUUAAAGGGGCGGCAACUUGUUUUUACGCUUUUAUUGGAUUUGACAUCAUCGCUACCACCGGCGAAGAAGCUCAUAACCCGAAAAAAUCUAUUCCACUGGCCAUUAUGGCUAGUUUGGUUAUUAUACUUGUAGCUUAUGUUAGCUCUUCGAUUAUUCUCACACUUAUUGUACCAUAUACGAAAAUCGACGAGAACGCCGCUUUGUUAGACAUGUUCGUACAGGUAGGCGCGCCUAGGUGUCAAAUGGUCGUGGCCGCGGGUGCAAUGGCAGGGCUAUUGGUGAGCAUGUUCGGUUCCAUGUUUCCGAUGCCCAGGAUCAUAUAUUCGAUGGCCCAAGACGGUUUGCUAUUCAAGUCACUAAGCCAGAUUUUUCCGUUGACCGGUACGCCGGUAGUGGCCACUGUGCUGUCAGGCGUUGCGUCCGCAAUAGCAGCCCUCGUCAUCAAUUUGGACACGCUGAUCGAAAUGAUGUCCAUCGGCACGUUGUUCGCCUACACUUUAGUGUCGACGUGCGUGCUGAUACUCCGRUACCAACCACAGACAUCCACAGUAAUACAUUUCUUCCCGGAGACGAUGCGAUCGCCCAUGAACGCGCCCAAACAGAUCGUCACCAACGGGCGGGUAAACUUUGUGGUGCAGGACGACCAAAAGUACGCGUACACGAACCAGGGGUACGGUAACCAGACGUCGUUCUACCAGACACAGUUGCCGCUGCCGCAACAAAUCAUACCGUCACAUCAGUCGCAGAGAAUAAUGGUGCGAAAAGUGACGAGAAGUUCACCAGAUUCGGAUGACACGUACUUCGGAGACGACUCCGAGGAGGGGCGUGACGAUCAAUACCUGGUUUCRGACAGGUGUGAGAGCAAAUUCUAUGGUUCCGUUCACGGAGGAUCGACCGCCGGAUCGACGGCCGCGGCAGGAGGGUUUAGUGCGGCCAGCGCCAACAUCACUAGAUCCAUCAAGGCGGCCACGUACCUGUGCCCAGCCAUAUUCCCAUGGGUGGACAUGGGACCGGCCACCGAGGAGAGUGGAAUGGUGGUACUCAAACUGGUCGGCGUGUUUUACGUGCUUAUCAUCGUGUUYGACGUGCUGCUGGUGUUCGUGUCUUCCGAAUCAUCCACUUUUGUCUACAUCCUGUUGUACGCCCUGCUGAUCGCAGUGAUCGUUGUGCUGGGCGCCAUAUCCCGCAAGCCCCAAAACAAGCAAAUACUCGUAUUCAAAACACCCUGGGUUCCAUUCGUACCGUCAUUCUCAAUUGCCGUCAAUUUAUACUUGAUAUUUCAGCUGAGCUCGAUGACUCUACUCCGGAUUAUUGUAUGGGUUUCAAUUGGUCUAUUCGUCUACUUCUAUUACGGGAUAAAGCACAGCACGUUGGAGCCGCGGGUGGAUGAAGAUGAGAGAAUUGAACUGAAAAUGAAAUCGCAGACGAUGACAAAACAGCAAAAUAACCGACCACAAGCACCGGCAUCGGCUCCGGCGAAGUCUUCAGCCAACGCCAACACUAGCUCCAAUGCCAAUACCACUACCCCCAAASCCUCCGCCUCCACUGGAGUAGCCUCGGCCACCACUGCAGCAGUGGUCGAUGAAAAGACAGAACCGAAGAGGCCGACCAACUUGGAACCGCUACCCGCAAAGAACGACAGUAAUUUGUUU